UAAAAUGUUGUCACGAAUCGCAAAAAGCCUUAAGAAGAAGAAAGAGUGUCCUUUGCCGCUUUAGCGUGAAUUUUUGCUAAUCGCACAGAACCCCAAAACGCGCGUGAAGGUUUGCAUAAAAGCUCGAAGAGGCGAUUCAUACGACGAUUCCGCACCGUGAGAUCUCAGAUUCGCGUUUCUUCGCUCGGAGUCAGAGACCUCAGAAAAAGUCCGUCAAGCGAAUCGAUUCUGCUCAUUCCUCCUCCUCUCUCUCUCUCUCGUCCGUGAAGAGGAAGAUAUGAAGAAAGAUGAGAAGAAGAAGGUUUCUACGGGAAGGACUAUUUGCACGAGAUCUUCAGCGGUAGCUUCUGCCUCUACAGUACUAGAAACCACUCCUCUGAGGAGGUCAACCCGGGGAACACCGUCUACUUCUACGUCUACGAAGCCUAUAACUCCAGCUUCUAGUAUCAGAAGGUCUGGUAGACUCGCUUCCUCACCUGCUUCUCUUACAAAAAUUUCUGGUAGAAUUGAGAAGAAACCCGCAGCGAGUCCCUUGGGAAGGUCUAGUAAGAGAAAGACUGUACCUUCGGAGAAUCCAAAAGGAUCAUCGUCUAAUAAGGGAAAGACUGUACCUUCGGAGAAUCCAAAAGGAUCAUCAGAUAAACCUGACAGGAAAGCAAACACUUCGUCAUUGGAUGUUGAAGAGAGUAAUGGCAAGAAGAUAGACAGCGUAGAGGAGCCGUCGACAGAUGAGAUCAAAAGACGGAAGCCUGGAAUGACGGGCCGAAGUUACAGGGCCUUGUAUAGAGGGCAUCUCAAGACGGGGUCUAAUACUUCUUCAAAUGAUGAGGAACUAGUAGUGGUUGGUUGUUCUCGCCGAGUACCUGCGGAGAAUGAUGAUGCUAGAGACGGUAACAGUCAACCAUGUGCAAAUUCAGGAUCCAAAGGGCUGCCGGUUGGAGAAAUUAGUUUAGAGAAGGGACCUGAUUUUCCUGUUGAAGUAACGAAGGAUACAGAAAAGAUGGUGGUUGAUUCAUCCCCCAUGGUUGAAACUGGGGAUGGUAGUGUUAUAGGUUCACCAUCUGAGGAUUCAGAACCACAAAAGCUUCGUGACAGUGAAGCUAGCUUGACAACCGAUGUAGACUUGGCUCUGAAAAGAAAAAGAGACACUGCGGAAGAUGAUGAUGCCAGAGACGAUAACAGUCCACCACAUGGGAAUUCAGGACCAAAAGGGCUGCCGGUUGGAGAAAUUAGUUUAGAAAAGGGCCCUGAUUUUCAAGUAACUAGGGAUACAGAAAAGAGGGUGGUUGAUUCAUCCCCCAUGGUUGAAACUGGGGAUGGUAAUGUUAUAGGUUCACCAUCUGAGGAUUCAGAACCACAAAAGCUUCGUGACAGUGAAGCUAGCUUGGCAACCGAUAUAGACUUGGCUCUGAAAAGAAAAAGAGACACUGCGGAAAACGAUGAUGCCAGAGACGAUAACAGUCCACCAUGUGCAAAUUCAGGAUCAAAAGGGCUGCCGGUUGGAGAAAUUAGUUUAGAGAAGGGCCCUGAUUUUCCUGUGGAAGUAACUAAGGAUACAGAAAAGACGGUGGUUGGUUCAUCCCGCAUGGUUGAAACUGGGGAUGGCAGUGUUAUAGGUUCACCAUCUGCGGAUCCAGAACCACAAAAGCAUCGUGACAGUGAAACUAGUUUGGAAACCGACGUAGACUUGAGUCUGAAAAGAAAAAGAGACACUGCGGAAAAUGAUGAUGCUGGAGACAAUAACAGUCCACAUGCGAAUUCAGAACUGAAAGGACUGCCAGUUGGCGAAAUUAGUGUAGAGAAGGGCCCUGAUUUUCCUGUUGAAGUAACUAAGGAUACAGAAAAGAUGGUGGUUGAUUCAUCCCCCAUGGUUGAAACUGGGGAUGGCAGUGUUAUAGGUGCACCAUCUGAGAAUCCAGAACCACAAAAGCUUCGUGACAGUGAAAGUAGCUUGGAAACCGGCAUAGACUUGGCUCUGAAAAGAAAAAGAGACACUGCAGAAGUUGUGAUGGAUGCAUGUACAAAUGCAGAUGAACGCAUUAUGAGUACUCCGUUUCCACCAGUGUGCACAAAUACUAAUCAACCUGAAAGGUGCAGCACAUGUCAAAAACGGCAAAAGGUCAAUGGUGAUUUUGAAGAUCUCAGUGUUUGCUCCUGCAUUGCUCAGCCAGUUCAAGAAUCUGAUCAGGUGGCACAGGAUAUGAAGGAAUGUCGACCCUCUACAAGCAAAGACUAUGGGGAGAACAGGCAGAAAGUGCAACAAGAUAAAGCAUUUGAUCCCAAAUUGUUAUCGAUGUACACCGAGUAUUGGGUUCCAGUGCAGCUAUCAGAUGUACAGGUGGAGCAAUACUGUUGGACUCUCUUCUCCAAAUCUUUAUCUCUUUCUUCGCUGUUAAAGAAUGAUCUUGUUGGAGCUCUCGAAGAAACUCUCACUUCUGUAUGGAAAAUCUGUGACCACCCAUAUGUUAUGGAUGCAUCUCUGAAACAACGGCUCGUCAAGAAUCUGGAGUUGCAUGAAAUCCUGGAUGUAGAAGUCAAAGCAAGCGGGAAACUUCCCCUACUUGGUGCAAUGCUUACUCAGAUAAAAGCAAAGGGUUUAAAAGCAGUUGUCUUCUAUAAGGCAACACAAAGCCCUGAGGGACUUCUGCUUGGUAAUAUUCUCGAAGAUUUUGUGAGUCAAAGAUUUGGUCAAAAUUCUUAUGAGCAUGGGGUCUCUCUUUCAAAGAAGAACGCUAUAAACAAUUUCAACAAGGAGAGUCAGUGUUUUAUUCUGCUGUUGGAAAUACGUGCCUGCAGUCAAAGCAUUAAACUCUUACGCACUGAGGCUCUUAUACUUUUUGGAAGCAGCUUGAAUCCAUCGCAUGAUGUUAAGUUCUUAGAGAAGAUUAAGAUUGAGUCUUGUUCUGAAAGAACUAAGAUAUUCCGGUUGUACUCAGUGUUUACAGUUGAAGAAAAAGCCCUGAUUCUGGCUAGGCAAAAUAAGCCUCUAGAGAACCUAAACCGUCCUCUCACACAUGCACUGCUCAUGUGGGGAGCUUCAUAUUUAUUUGAUAAGCUGGAACACUUUCAUGGGAGUGGAACCCCAGGUUCAGGAGUUCCAUUUGAACAGUCUAUUGAGGAUGCCGUGAUUCAUGAAUUCUCGUCCAUACUUUCUUCCAGUGUUGGAGAAGAAAAUGAAGGCAAGCUGUGUCUACUUUUGGAAGCCAAGCAUGCUCAGGGAAUUUACAGCACUGAUGCUACUCUAUUUGGUGAAGAACAUGUCAAGUUAUCUGAUGAAAUUAGUCCAAGUAUGUUUUGGUCAAAGCUGUUGGGUGGAAAGAACCCUAUGUGGAAAUACUAUUCGGAUACUCCUCAAAGGAGUCGAAAAAGAGUACGGCAUCUUCAGGGCUAUGAAGAGACUACCAUAGUUGGCAAUGGCGGAAACUUAAAGAAGAAAAAGAAGGCUUCAGAUGAUGUCACAGUAGAUAAGGCUGAAAUAAAAGCCUCUGGGAAGGAUCACAUGGGGCAUUUGGAGUCCCCAAAAGUUGCAACACUCAAGUCAUCACCUGGAUCUGCAUCUGGUACUAAUGACUCAUUGACUGGAAAUGAUGCUACUGGCUUGUAUUCUUUGGGCGGUCAUAUCUCUGGAAUCCCAGAGGAUAUGUUAGCUGGCAUUGAUUUGCGACAAAAUCCGCAUGAGUCACAGAGGAGUCUCUAUGCUGUUUUAAAGCCGAAUAUGGCAAAACUUUGUCCUUCAGAAGAUUCGGCAAGCAUAGCUGAAAAGUUUCUUGAAUAUAUUAUUGAACACCACCGUGUCUGCACAGAGCCAGCCACCAUAUUGCAGGCUUUCCAGAUAGCCUUGAGUUGGAUUGCAGCCUCGCUUGUAAAGCAAACGUGUAACCGCGAAGAAUCUUUGGUUGGCGCAAAAUCGGAAUUAGGUUUCAGUUGCUCUGAAGAAGAUGUAGAUUAUAUAUAUUCUUUUUUGUGCUGCAUGAAGAGCCUAUUCCUGGGGCGCACACAAAGUUUGCAGUUGGAUUGCUUGGAUACUAAUUCUAAGCAACCAAAGGCUAGUACCAAAAAGGUGAAUGAAAGUCUCUCAGGGGAUACAGUGCGUCAGGAAAAUAGUAACACCAAAUCGAUGCGUAGCUCAGUCGGUGAAGAAUGCAUGACCGAAAAAGGAGUUAGCCAUUAUAGCUCAGUAACAAAAGAUGUCGAAAAGACUAUUGGCGACAUCAAAAAGAAAUGCUGUGAGAAACUGCAGAAGCUUGUACAAAUCCACGAGGAAAAAAAGGUGGAUCUGAUGAAUAGGAAUGCUGACAAGAAGCAGGAACUUGAAAAUGGGAAAAAGCUGGAAGUAUUAUAUAUUCGUGUCACCUGUUCAGGGUUAAGUUCUCAGAGCUUACUGGAUAAUCUUCAACGGGUGGAAGAUGACUUUGAAAGAAAGAAUGACGAUCUAAAAAUAGAGAUGAAUGAAUGCCUCAAAAAGCUAGAGGGAAUGCAUGAGGCUGCAAAGAAGAAGUUGGCUGAGGAUGAAGCCUGCUGGAUUAGUCGGAUAGAGAAAUGGGCACAGACGGUAUUAAUAGAUUGUGCCCCUAUUCAAAGUGGCAACUACAAGCAUCUUAGUGGAUUAUGCUCAUCGAACACUUCCAAAAAUACUUCUCAUGUACAAACUUGCACUGAUGCCUAUGGUGAAGCUACUUAUGCUGAUACAAGUUGCAUGGUUACCAAGGAAAACCAAUUGCCAGAAGCAGAAAACACAUUAAUAACCAUGUCAGGUGGCAGCACUCAACAAGUUGAUGAAAUGGUGUCUUCAAGAAAUGACAAGGCGAUGGAUGUCUCAACCUUGUCUCAUGAACAGCCUACGGAUAAUGUGGCUACAAAGAGCCGCCCCAAUGAGCUCGUUUCUCUUGCUGCGCCUGAGAUUUUAAUCCCAGCUUCCUGUCAAGAGGAAUCUGUGGCCGUGAACGUGCAGUUGUCAGAAGAUCAGAAUUGUGUCAGAGUUGCUUCAGCGACACCGGAUGAAGAUGUUCCCUCAAGGGUGCCAGAAAUAUCCCAGUCUGUUGCAAAUCUUGCAAAGUCUGCCUCUCUAGAGUCUUGGUUGAAUAGAGAGGAGGCUUUGGUUUCUACAGAAAAUGAUAAAACCAUUCAUGCGAGCUCUGAUGCUGAUAACAUUUUGGAUCACCAGAAUGAGGAAGCUUGUUCUCUGUACAAGGAGAUUCCUGACGAGAUGGUGGUGUUGCCUAUGCCUCACCCUUCGCUUGUCGUAAAGACUAGGGAUUCUGCUGAAUAUGAUCAGGGUGAUGACGAGAUAUGCCCUGUGCCUUCUUCACCGGGUGGACAGCAACCUGACCCAGCAGCAAACAUUCAGGGCAAAAAUAUUGACACACCUAUUGAGCCUCAGCCAGCUGAAACUCUUAUGCCUUCUUCACCGGCUGGACAGCAACCUGACCCAGCAGAAAAAGUUCAGGGCAAGAAUGUUGAAGCAUCAAUUGAGUCUCUGCCAGCUGUCUCAGAAUCAGUAGAGACUGGUGGUUUUGCUGCAUUCGAGCAGGGUGAUCAAGUUGCAUGUCCGUUGCCAUCUAUACCGACUGGAAAUCAGCCUGAUUCAGGCGCAAACAUUGAGAGCCAAAAUAUCAGCACUUCAGCAGAGCCACGCAUUGCUAGUCCAGGUGUAGUAGAGACUGGUAUUUCCGCAGUAUCAGACCAGGAAAUAAUGGAUGCUCCGAAUGCAUUCUCUCUGCCAUCUCCAUUGACUGAAACUCAGGCUGACCUAGCAACAAACACUGAGGGCCAAGAUAUUACAACAGUGGCUCCGCUUCAUACAUCUGGAUUAGAUGCAGUAGAAACUGGUCGGGGUGCAACUCCUCGGCCAGUUUCUUCGCCUGGAAAUCAAUCUGAUGUAGCAGUUAUCAGUGAAGGCUUAAAUAACAGCACAACAAUAGCUGCACAGACAACUGGAUCAGAAAUGGAAGUAGUAGCAGUUAUCAGUGAAGGCUUAAAUAACGGCACAACAAUGGCUGCACAGACAACUGGAUCAGAAAUGGAAGUAGCAGAACCUGAUGCCCCAGUAGAACAAUCAACUUUUGCAAAUAACGUUGCACCCCUUGUCCCUGAAGUUGUUGUGGAGCCUUCAGCAGUUGUAACAGCUCCUGUUCAAUCACAUCUUAACAAUGUUACGGGACGGAGUGCUACUCAAACUGUUCCUCAAAUACCUUUCCCUGUGUUCAGUGACCCAUUUCAGCAUGAACUGGAGAAGUUGCGGAGAGAAUCAGAGAACACAAAGAAGAGUUAUGAAGAAAAGAAAUCAGUUUUAAAAGCUGAAUUUGACAGGAAAAUGACUGAACUACAAGCAGAGUAUCAAAGGAACUUACAUGAGGUACAAGCUGAGCAUACAGCCAAAGCGACAAAGUUACAGACGAGCAAGAACUUUAUUAUAAUGAACAAGCUGUUGACGAAUGCCUUCUUGUCUAAAUGUACGAGCAGAAUGGAAUCUCAUCCCUCGGCAGCUCCAAGGGGUAGAAUUCAGCAGCUAGCACAGAGAGCAGCACAAAUGAGCGCACUGAGAAAUUAUUAUACAGCUUCGGCUCCUGCUCCUAUGCAGCCUCCUCGGGCAUCUUCUUUUCCAUCUUCAGUUUCUCGCUCAUCAUACCUUCCUCCGAGUACCACCCACUGCCCAAUGCCUCAGCCAAGACAGCCUCUCAUCUCCAACCCAGCUCCAUCUUUUUCAGUUUCUCCUGCAAGUGCAACUAACGUAGCUGCCAAUGGAAGACUAGUUUCUCCUGCACCGCAGAUAAACCCAUAUAGAUCGUCAUCCUCUUCAUUUCCCAUCCCUAGAACUACCCAAACCUCGUCAGCUGCUCCUCAAGCUUUAACAUAUUCCUCUUCAGUUCUCAUCCCCUCGACAACUACUCCAACCUCAUCAGCUGUUCCUCAAGCUUUAACAUAUUCCUCUUCAGUUCCCAUACCCUUGACCUUGUCAACUACUCCAACCUCGUCCGCUGUUCCUCAAGCUUUAACAUAUUCAAGUGCGUUAACUCAGCAGCAAGAGCAUCAACAGCAACAGAACUUGGGAAGUGGAUCGCAGAGGAGUGGUGAUGUGGUUUGUCUCUCUGAUGAUGAGUGAUGUUUAGCGUAUAAUAAUGAUUGAUUUAGAGUUUGUAUAACCUAAUACUGUAGGAUUCAAUAAUGAGUUAGUGAGUUUAAAAGAAUACAA